UCAAACCUUCCGCGUUCCUGCUAUGUUCCGGCCUUUGCUGUUGUCUCCACCCAGAGUGCUGUCACCCCUGACCUUUCCACUGCAGAAAGCUGUAUCCCUGCACAAGUCGUGGCUGCCAUUGAUAUAAAUAAUGUUGCUAACGAAGUGUACAAGUAUAAUUUUCCUCACACACAGUUACUGGCCAAGACAAUUGAAGGUAUUGCCCUAGAAGAGUUUGACAGGUUAUCUUUCAAUAUGAUUUUAAUGAGCCCUCCCUGUCAGCCGUUCACAAGAAUUGGUCUUCAAGGUGAUGUGACUGAUCCAAGGACGAGUAGCUUCUUAUAUAUUCUAGACAUUCUCCCAAGAUUACAAAAAUUACCGAAGUAUAUUCUGUUAGAAAAUGUUAAAGGUUUUGAAAUAUCUUCUACAAGAGACCUGUUAAUACAAACGAUAGAAAAUUGCGGCUUUCAGUACCAAGAAUUUCUGUUAUCUCCAACCUCUCUUGGUAUUCCAAAUUCAAGGCUACGGUAUUUCCUGAUUGCAAAGCUUCAGUCAGAGCCAUUACCUUUUCAAGUCCCUGGUCAGGUGCUGAUGGAAUUCCCCACAAUUGAAUCUGAACAUCUACAAAAACCUGCAAUAGAUGUAGAAAAUAAAAUUGAAGGAAAGAAAAUUGGACCAAAUGUUUGCUUUACUAGCAGCAAACAAUGUUCUGGAAAAGAAGCCAUUCUUUAUAAGCUUGAAACUGCAGAAGAAAUUGACCGGAAACAUCAACAGGACAGUGAUCUCUCUGUGCAGAUGCUAAGAGAUUUUCUUGAAGAUGACAUUGACCUGAAUCAGUACUUUUUACCACCAAAGUCAUUGCUGCGAUAUGCUCUUUUAUUAGAUAUUGUAAAGCCCACUUGCAGAAGGUCCAUGUGCUUUACGAAAGGUUACGGAAGGUACAUAGAAGGGACAGGAUCUGUGUUACAGACUGCAGAGGAUGUGCAGAUUGAGAAUAUCUACAAAUCCCUUACCAAUUUGUCACAAGAAGAAAAGAUAACAAAAUUGUCAAUGCUUAAACUUCGAUAUUUCACUCCUAAAGAAAUAGCAAAUCUCCUUGGAUUUCCUCCAGAUUUUGGAUUUCCUGAGAAUAUCACAGUGAAACAACGUUAUCGUCUACUUGGAAAUAGUCUCAACGUUCAUGUAGUAGCUAAACUAAUCAAAGUCCUACAUGAGUACCUUUAAAAUAACUCUGAAAGAUGGCCACAGUAUUCCUUCAUAUACAGAUGGUAAUACUGAAAUUCUAUUUUAAAUUAAUUUUUAUGAAAUUCAGCUAAAUUAACACAGUCUUUCUUUAAUGAGAAAUUUGGAUUUAUCACAAAAAUGCCAAUAUGUUUCCUUGAAUUUAUUUUCCUCCAUUUUGUAAAGGGAAAUUGUUGUUAUGCUUUAGGUGAGCAUAUUUUCAUAUGAUAUUGUUAAAUGUUUGUGUAAAAUAUUCUCUUUAAAACAUGGUAUAAAUAAAUUGAGAAACAUUAGAAUUUUAGUGUCUACAUGACUAUUUUAUAAAGUGUCAUGACAAGAUAGGUGUAAUGAACCUGAAAAGUUACAUAUUUUUGUGUUAAUUAAAGAAGUUGCUUAUGAAUCUUAUCAUUUUACAUUUGUUAGAUGAUUAUUAGAAUUCUAAAAUGAUGAUUCUAAUUCUAGCCUGAUUCUAUUAUUGAAUGUUUUACUUAAUUUCAAUCCUUUAAACAUUCCUUUAUUUUAUCUAAACAAAUGUUUAUAAUAUUUUGAACCAAAUUAUCAUCAUUCACCUCAUGCAACAGUCUGAAGAAAAUGUGAGAAAAAGUCAUUCUAAAUUCUUGAUUAUUACCUCUGCAUCCGGAAGCUACAGAAUAUGUAGGUGCACGUUAUUUUUAAUUCUACCUGUACUUGAAGGGCAAAACUUAUAGUUCCUUCAUUUGUGCAUACUUCCCUUUAGUUUGCUGCUAUCAGCGCUUGCUUUUGUCUUUCUUCUCAGCUUCUUGUUGUAAAUUAAAUGUGUCAUCACAUCAUAAUGUAGCGUGGGGUUAAAAUUUUAGGGAGGAAACUCUGCCCUUUGAUCCCAUUUUUAUGGCUAUUCUGUCAAUUAGCUUUUAUAAUUUUUAACUUUCUCUGUGUUUCCCUUUCAAUAGUCUUCUUAGAAUUAGGGUUUCUCAUCAGACUAAGUCUUGCAUCAGAAAUCCUGUGGUUUUGAUUUCAGUGAUAAAAGCAAGUGAUAAAUGGUGGAGAAACGAAAAGAAAUAAGACCAGAAUUUAUAUAACAAAAUUUUAAUUCAUAUUUUUAUUCUUAAAGAAAAUCAUUUGAUGUGGAGAAAUUAGAAGCGGUGCAUUCCUGGUGGGAAUGUCAAACAGUACAGCCACUGUAGAAAAUAGAUGAUGAUUCCUUAAAAAAAGCAAUCUAGCAAUUCCACUUCUGGGUAUUAUCCAAAAGAAUCGAAAGUGGGGACUUGAACAGAUAUCUGUACACCAAUGUUCAUAGCAAUAUUAUUCACAAGAGCCAAAAAGUGGGGGGAAUAAACAACAAAAUGCCCAUCGGUGGAGGAAUCGAUAAACAAAAUAUGGUGUUUACCUACAGUGGAAUGUUAUUCAGAGAUAAAAAGGACAUUUUGACACAUGCUACAACGUGGAUGACCUUUGAAGACAUUAUGCUCAGUGAAAUAAGCCAUACACAAAAGGACAACUUUUGUAUAAUUCCACUUUUAUGAGGUAUGUAAAAGAAUGCAGUUCAUGGCUGCAGAAAGUAGGCUAGUGGUUACCAGGGCUUAGGGGACCUCAGGAAUGAGAAUUAGUAUUCAAUGGCUAUAGAGUUUCUGUGUGGUGUUGUAAAAAAGUUCUGGAGAUGGGUGAUGGUGAUGGUUGCAGAACCACUUGAUGCCCCUGGAUGGUAUACUUAAAAUGAUUAAAAUGGCAAAUUUUAUGUCAUGUACAUUUUACCACACAGACACGCAAACAAUAUUUCCCCACCACCAUUUUUUUUCCAGAAGAACUCAUAGAUAAAUAUAGAAAUGGGGCAGCUAUAGGCCAAUGCGUAUAUGUAUCAACCAUCACUGUCUACAUUUUGUGUUUAUUUAAAAGCAUACCUUGUUACAAGUCUCAUAAAUUUUAGCAUACAUUCUGAAAUUACUUUGGCAUACUUUUACUAGGUUCUGUUCACUGCUGAAAGAUUCUUACCAAUAAGAAAGUUCGGUUUUACUAUGUUUUUGCUGUAAUUAAUAGUUUUCUAUGCCCCAUUGAGCAAUGUUACAAAAGUCAGUGUGUUGAGUUACAGUGCACUAACUAUAAACACAUGAAAGCUCCAUGGAGAUACUUGUUUACAAACUAGAAGAUAGAAUAUUGCUUUGUGAAAUAUUUUAAAUUAUUGAAGUAUAUUCAUGGGCAGAUGGUAAUUCUUGCCCUUAAUUCAUAAUUGAAAAAUACAUGGUAGCAAGCAUAAAGCUCACACCUUAUAAUUUACCAGUGUUAUUUAAUUAACAUAUAUAUACAUGCACAAUUAGUUUAGAAACUGUCAUUUUAUUGAAUGUCCACUUUAUGUUAUUGGUAAUAAAUAUGCAUAAAAUUUGUUCUGGAAAUUUCAGAUAUUUGGACUUACUAUGUAUUUAUUCAAUAUUUUGGAAAAUAUAGUCUCUUUUAAAAAGAACUGUAUGUAAUUAAAUCUAUGCCAUUUCUAACAGUAAACUAAUUUUUCAUUCUCCUGUUAGCAUCACUUGUGCUCUUUUAAAUGCUUGUCAAAUAACUUUAAGUUAUUUAUUAAUCUGCUUCAUAUUUUUAGUAGAUUUUUUUCAGACCCCAAAAUAAUGAAUAAGGGAUAAUCAAAUGAGCUAAUACAAACAAAAUGAAUCAUAUUAAAAAAUAAUUUUGAAGAGAUGGGUAGUCAUCAUAAGACAAAUUGCAAAGGCUUGAUAAUCUUUCAUGAGGUGCCCUCGUAUAGGAUUUUAUUAAUUUGUUUUGGAUCCAUAUCCUCUCACCUUCUCAGGAAAAUUACAUUAUUCUUCCUUCUCCCUCUUAAAUAUUCAAAUGCACCAUCUCAGUCAUUCCUAGCAUUUACUAUGUUCAAAUCUCCUCCAUGAUAAAAACAAGGACCAGUAGAAACCUUUCUAGAUCCUGUAUUCCUCUUUUAUCGCUUCCCUUUCAUAGCCAGAUCUCUUAGAGUUUAUCUAGAACUUAUCUGCACUUAUGCAUCUCUUGUCUAACCCUUCCACUGCUCCAGUGUAACUUGGCCUUGGUCAAACUACCAAAAGAGCAUUUACUGUUGUGAUCGAGCUUCUCCGUGUGCCUGAGGUUUUCAGUCCUCGUCUUCCCCGACUUCUCAACAGUCCACGCUCCCUCUUUCUUGAUACAGUUUUUUCUUUCACCUCGAUGGCAUCGUAUUCUUUUAUUAUUUUUUUAAUGAAAGUAUAUUUGACAUAUAAUAGAAUAUUAAUUUUAGGUGUACAAGAUAAUGAUUAGACAUCUCUAUGGUAGCAGGCGACAGAGCCGAGUGACGGGAGGGCGUGGGUCACCGUGUCACUGAGGGAUCCGCUGGGCCUCUUCACAGGAUGCUGAACAUGGUGUUCUGGCUGUUACAUCAGACCUGCAGGGUGGGCAGCGCUCUGGGCCUGACGAGGUGAGAAAAUGCCUCUGCCCACCAGCCAGCUUGCCCCACCUCACAAGAUAGAGCCUUUUAAAAAGACAAAACUAAUAGUUGAAAUUUUGAAAGUUGAGGGACUACCCAGAACUUAAGUAAUUAAGUAAAUAAGUAAAUAAAUAAAAUAAAUUUUUAAAAGGGGGGGUAGUGGGUAGGAUUCCUUAACAAAAAUCACAAUCUGUCUUUUGCUCCAAUCUCAACCUCGUUUGGGUAAGAAGUUAUUAAAUUGGAGGCUUUUGAGGGUAGAGAAAUGAAGCUGGGGACAAAUGAAAACGGUUUGAUUUUAGCGAUAGCAGUCCAGAAGAAAGGAGCCACUGCUAUGCCCACUAACCUCAAACCCAGACUGAAGGAUGCAGCCUGCAGGCCAGCUGCUGUGUCUGCCUCCAAACUAAAAUAGCUCGGGGUCCCCUUUUUGUUUUGUUAACUUUAUAAUUUAAAAUAAAAAUUCAGAAUCAAGAGAUUCCCAAAUAAACCAGGAUAACACAAUAACGAUCCACUUUUAAGCCCAUGUAAAGUAGUUGAAGUGUGUUUUCCUAAGGUGGUUAUAUUAUUGAAACGAAUAACUUUUCAUGACUUAGUCUUCAGCUUGGAACUAUAACUAUUUUAGGCUAUCAGUUAUAAACUCAUUUACUAAUAGCUUUGGACUUUGAAAUUGAGUGAGGGUCAUAUUGUCUCAGCAGUUUUACGUAGCCUGUCAUUGAACCCAUUAUAUAAUUUUUCAAGACAGCUUUGAACUUCCCUGGACUAGAACUCUCUUCCUCUCAACUUCUCAUGUCAAAGUAGGCUGCAUCCAACUAUCAUUAUCAACUUCUUCCUGUGCAUUUUUUUGAUCCACCUCCAUCCAGCCUGUUCUUUCUCCAUUCAUCAUACUCACCAAGAUGUCUAGUUAGUCCUAUAAUAUUUCAUUUGGGAAUGUCCCUUUGCAAACUUUAUUAAAAGGCAGAAAGAAUUCUAAACAUGUUCUUCAGUUUACACCAGCCAGCCUGUCUGCACCUUUUUCCCUCUCCUGUCAUUCCUUCACUUUGCUACUAAAAUUUUAAAACUUCAGUGUUUUAAAAAUUUAUUUCCCUAGGCUCUCUGUCUCUGUUUCUCUCUUUAGGACUUUGAAGAACAUCUUCCAUUAAGACACUUGUGCUCUUUAAAAUCUUAUGCAACCAUGACCCAAACUAUAGUCCUGGUUUUGUCUUGAUUUGUGAAUUAUUUCUUUUUGAAUUUAUUUAUUCAAUAACCAUGAGCAUGUUGAAAGAACUUUUUUGACUUCCUAUUCCCCAAGUUCUCAAAUUAAUUUGUUUUCUAUUUACCAUAGGGUGAAUAUAGGUUCUGAGUCUUAUUUUCACCUACAUCCAGCACUUACAACUCUUAAGUAUACCAUACUUGAUUCCUAAAGCUUCCAGAAUCUUAUUUUUCUUACAAAUAUGAGUCUAGAUAUAAAUUUCCCCAAAAACUAGAUAAUAGGAAGUUAAUUGUCCCGUAGAACUCUUCUUUAUAGCCCUAGAUUGUUCUUAUUUCUUUGCUUGUAUGUACUAUGGUUUCAUUGUUUACUUCAAGCAUUUGAUUUGUAUAUUGUUUGCAUUUUUAUAUCUAUUCAAAUCAGGGCAGAUUUAAAUCAUGAGUGUAAAUACAGAACAUGUUUAUUUAGCCGAGUUGGCUCUAUAAUCAGAUAAGAUCACAAUCUCAAGAGUGUAAAGAGAGACAGAGAGGAGGGCAGAGGUUUGGAGCUGAACUCUUACCUGUUUCUGAAGAUUCUGUUCUCAGGUCUCUCUACCCUUCAUUGUUCAAGCCCUUUUUCUCAGAGAUGUCACCCUUUCCUACAACUUCUACCGUUUUGCCCAUGAUACCCAGAUGACUCCAGAUCUGAUAUGACAUUUUUCCUAAGCCCUAUUCUAUACUUUCCAUGCGGGAACAAUUUUAGCUUGAGUAUCUUCCUGUCACAUCAAAUUUAACAUAUUUGCAAACAAUGAUCCUGCAGUCCAAAAUCAGUUCCACUCCUGACUAACUUCAAUAUUUCUUUCUAUGGUGCUGCUUCUGUCCCAAUCUCCCAAGUUCAAACUCCGUCAGCCAAGAUCAUCUUCACCUUCUUUCUCACUCUAGUUCCACUUAUCAGCUUCUGUAAUAAAGUGGUCUUCACAAGAAGGCCUUCCUGGAACUAUAUUUAUUUUAGGAAAACUGAAAAAAAGGCAUUUUAAAGUCUCAAAACAUACAUGUAUGUUUGCAAUCAUAUUUGUAUACUUGGCUAAACAUGGCUAUUUAACAAAUUUGCGCCUUCUGAAUUUAAUGUGGCAUGAAUAUUAUUCUUACUAAAAUAGUUAUUUUGCUCACUUAGCUAGUUCUCACACAAAUACAGUUAAAUUUCACCCACCCACC